CAGCUAUCACACAACAGCUUGAAUAACAAGCACUGGUCCAUAGACUGCACACAUACCGACCACGUUUAGACGCGGAAUGAACACAUUAGAAGUAUGCGAACAUUGUGGAGAAAAAUCCAAGGGUGUUCGUCCGGCAUGCAAAGGUGCAAGCAUCGUUGAAUUAUAAAGGUUCAGAGCACCACAAAGAAACAAAAUAUCACGUCGAAAGUUCAUCACAGCAUUAAUCGUCGCGUCUACCUACGACCUUGAACUUCGUGCUGUAAAUCAGAGUAUCGCCCCUUGGACCAAGUGGAUAGUCGUUAGACAUGUCGUCCUCAUCUCAACCGACGCAAUCUUGUGUCGUGAUUCCUUCAAGCUCCGAAAAUCAGAUGUCACUCCUUAAGCUUAAACACAUUGGUGAAAAACGUAAAGAUGAAGAGGGGGAAAUUGGACAAGUCAAGACAAGAAAAUUUGAACCCCCAAACUAUGUAUUGGCCCCAUAUGAGCUAAAGACUAGCAUCUGCCAGGAACAAAAGCACAAAUUCGACAUUCAAACAAAAGACUUUUUUCUACCAUCACUUCAACAGAUUGGACACAGUAUUAAAGACAUACAAGAGUUCUACUGCCCUGGUGGUAAACUAAACGUUGUGCCUCAAACCCUACCCAUCAAACUCAAAAGGAUUACUGAGAAACUUCAACUUUUGCUUCAAAAAGGAAAAUAUUCUAUCAUGUCACAAAACAGUUUGCUGAAAGAAACUGCUGGCCCAACACUUCAUCAAGGAACAGAUGGCUUCGUCUUCAUCGCACAAACAUUGUGCUUUCCCUUAAAUAUCGUGUGCAGUGAAUUACCAUCUGAUAUUCACUGCGAUAUUGUCCUGAUGUUACCUUCUCAACCAGCAUUUGUACUGACUUUCGUGGACAAGGACACACCAGAAGCAAGGAAAUACAACGUCAGUGUUGCUAGAGGGGUGACAACUUCCCUCAAUAAGUUCAUUGAUGAUGACUUUUCAGUAGUGUUUGGUGUCGUGUGCAUGUCUCAUCUGGACUCCCAUGAUACAUUCCAGUCCCAUUUAAAGACACUUGAUGAAUCAUGUAGCAAGUUUGUUACGCUUGACUCCCUUUAUAUGUCAAAAAGGAAAUAUUUUAAACUCAUCACUUCCUUUUGGGCUGCGGUUGCAAAGGUAGAGCCUGGAGAUCAGUUUCCCGACACUGACGUGAUUAAUUUCUUGACAAGAGAACAGUGCACAGUGUUGGUAGAAAAUAUGAAUUGCAACUACGUUUUUGUGUCAACUCAUCCAAAAAGUGGUGGGACUACUCUGAUGUUGGAAGUGGCCAGAAGACUUCAGAAUUUUCUACCAACGCAUCUCAUUGUCAAAUCAGAGAACGACAUUUCCAAAUACAGAAAUCUAUGUGAGAGGGUUUCAACGACCUUGCAGCCUGAAUGUCCUGCAAAUAUGACACCGGAAUGGAACAGCAGCAUACGUAGGUGCGAGACAGCAGUUGUCACAGAAACAAUUCUGCCUUUCCACGAGGGCCAAGACCAAACCACGAAAAUCAUAUGGACCUUCUGUUCAGAGUUCAUCAGACCAAGAAUUAUCGAUGACAUACUUGCCCUCUUUGAAUCACUUCAGCAUGUACUUCUUGUCGGAUCAGCAGGUGAGGGAAAGACAGUCAUAGGCAUUCUUCUUCUGGAACACAACAGAUCAAAAGGAAUACGAGUAGUACAUGCGACCAGUGCCAUGGAAAUGAAAAGCGCUAUUCAAAACUCUGAAGAAACGUUUAUCCUUUGUGAUGACGUGUUUGGGAGGUUCAGGUGCACAUUUACGUUAACACCCGAUUUGGAAAACAUGUUCAGUAGGCUUCAAACUAAGACAAACAUUAAAACGUUAUUCACUAGUAGAUGUGAUGUUUACGAAGACGCACUUCAGCGUUUAGGGAAGCUUCAGUCACAUUUUGCAGGUUCCAGGGAAGUGAAUCUUACCGAGAAAACUGUGACAAGUGAAAAGACCAAAAUGUUAGACAGAUACUUAGAAGCCACAAACAGGCAUAUUCCUGAUGUGGAAAAACACAUCAUUAUCUUGAAGCGAAAUAAUCAUGGAUUUGCACACUCAUGUCAGUUGUUCGCCACGUUAGGAAAGGAGAACACAAACGCCAAACAGUUCUUUGACAAUCCGUUGUAUUUUGCUGGAGAAAGAAUUCAACAUCUUUUGAAGAAUUCGAUCAUGAAGUGCCUCCUAUAUCUCUUAACAGCAUUCAAAGGCACACUUGAUUUGAAAGAUCUUACCAUUGAUUCAAAUGAAAAACGGCAGAUGGUAAUGAGGUAUGUCAGUUACAGAGAAACAUCUUUGUCUGAGGUUCUUACCGCUGCCGCAGAGGAACCAUACUUGUUUACAACAGAAGGUUGUGUAAAGUUUUCUCAUCCAUCUUUUCUUGAAGUAACGUCAAACAUCAUAGCAGAAUCUGACACUGAGUUCAUCAUAAAGUAUGGACCCCUUGAACUGUUUGAAAAGGCAAGAAAUAUGAGAGAACAAAAAUACAGCAUCAGUUUGUCUGAAGACAGUCAUUUCAUCAAACUAGCAGAACGGUUUUCACAGGAAAUAAAACUUGGUUUAUAUGAAAGCUGCUGCCCACAUCAACUGCUACAAAGUCAAAGCUUUGUAGAUCAAGUUAUGUGUCAACUCCCAACAUCCACAGAUCACUUAGCCAUCGAUAAACUAUUGUACUGGGCAUCUAGCAAUGGUUCAGAUGUGAUGAUGAAAGCGUUGUUCCAGAAGUACCCAAUGACAGGGGAAAUGUAUCAUCAUGCAGUUGUGGGCUGCAGCAGAUGGGGCAAUCAUUCUGCACUGGAGUUCAUUGUUACCACUUUGAAACUGACUUCACGGGACAUUGGGGAAAUCACUGAAGAGGGGUUGUCAUGCUUAAUUAUAGCAGCCAAUCAGAAUCACAUUGAAGUGUGUAAAGUUCUGAUCAAACACCAAGUGGAUGUAUCCACCACAGAUCCACGCAUGGGGGCAAAUGCACUUCAUUGGGCUGCUGCAGCUGGUCACCUUGAGGUUGUGAAUCUGCUGUCAAACCACAUAUCAAUUGAACGUGAAAGCAAUGGGGGAGUUACACCUUUGUUUGUGGCUGCAGAAAAUGGGCACAUGAAAGUGUUUAAACUUUUACUUGAGAAGGGUGCUGCUAUGAAUAAACAAAUUAAAAGCAGAAUUGUCUCAUUAACAAAUCCCAGAAACGAAGGCCGUGCAUCGGUUAAGCAGCUUAAUGUAUCAGAUGAAGGUUUUACUCCUCUUCAUGUGGCAAGUUAUGAAGGAAAUUAUGACAUUGUAAACCUCCUGAUAACUGAAGGAGCUGACGUCACCUUGAAGGCUCAAUUGGGACCUCCUGUCGCUUUUGCUGCAAAAGCAAAUGAAUUGGGUAUCUUUCGUCUGUUCCUAAAUGAUGUGAGAGUAAAUUUCAGUGACGUUAUUACUGCAGCAUAUGAAUAUGGCCGUACUGAAAUGCUGAAAGAGGUUGUUCUCCAUAAACGGUCACAUGCUAAUGCUAUUAUAAUAGGAACUUUGCAGGGAGAGCUGGAGACUGUGAAGCAUUUGCUUGAGGAAAAUGAAAAAAGUUUAACCUCAAAUGUCGAAGGAUAUACACUUCUCCAUCUAGCAGCAACUUUAAGCCAUGAAGACAUUGUGGACGAGCUCCUACAAAGAAGGAUCGAAGUGAACAAAUCUUCUGAAGGUGGAUUCACAGCUUUACAUGGGGCAUCUAUUACUGGCGCUUCUUCAGUCGUUGAAAAGCUCAUCAAUAGGGGAGCAGAUGUUGCUCGACUUGCGAAUGCUUUCAGUCCUCUUCAUUUUGCAUCAAUGUAUGGACAGACAAAUGUAGCAAGGGUCUUGAUACAACAUCAAGCGGAUAUUCAGAUGAAAGGUUAUCAUCAGUGGAGCCCACUUCAUGUAGCAAGUAUCCACAACCAACCCGACAUUGUACUGCUUUUACUGGAACACAAUGCUGACAUAGAAGCUUUAUCAGAAGACCUGUCAACAGCCCUUGUAUUUGCUUCAUAUUUGAACAAUAUGAAGAUAGUAGAUAUAUUGUUAGCUCAUGGAGCUGACUUACAUCCAAGAGACAUGUCAUAUCACCCACUUCUAGGUAUUGCUCUCCUGGGGCAUCCUGAGGCUGCGAAUAAUUUAUUUCAGAGAGGUGCAAGGGUAAAUCAUGUAAGUGCAGUUGGGGUAAGCGCCUUACAUGGAGCUGCGUACAUGGGGGCAAUGGAUGUCCUGAAAUGUCUUCUUGAGAAUCAUGCAAAUCCAAACCUGAAACUCUUCGAAGGGAUAUCACCAAAGGAGAAAUCUAUCAUAACAAAGCAUGUUGAGAAAUGGUGCAAAAGCACACCUGGUAAGAAUAUCAAUUUGAGAAGAUAUGAUGGUGGUUCUGCGCUCCAUGUGGCUGUCGAUAUGGGUUACACCGACAUGGUGCGACUUUUGUUGAAAUCAGACGCUAAUCUCAAUCUCAGGAACUUGAACAAUGAAACUGCUGUGGAUAUUGCGAGAGAGAAGGAAUUCAGUGACAUUGUGAGACUCUUAGAAUCGUCCUAGACUAACUGUGACUGCUAUCAAAUGAAUAAUGGAUAUAGCAACAUUAGCACUGGCCACUGUCAUUAUAUUUGGCAGCACUGCUUUCACAAUCGAUUAGCAAAAGUUACACAUUCAAUGUAACGAGCUAGUGUUUUAAUGAAUAAUGGAUACACCAUGAACACUGUCCAGUUCAUGAACAUAAAGCUGCCUUGAUAUGUUGCAGCAUUGCUUAUAGAAUCCAUCAGCCUAGGUUACACAGUCAAUACACAAACAGGUAGACUUUUACCAUGGGUAAAUUAUUUUGUGACAAGGUGGUAUGCCAUUUGUACAGUUGAGUAUAUUAUAAACUCUUAUCCUGUAUAUAUAUAAACAUAUUUCUGUUUCCCACCAUGUUGUAAUUUUACAGUCCUCUUUCAAUUGUGACUGCUCUAGCCAGACAUAUCCUGUCAUGUAAAGUAUUUCAAGUGUAAUGAAAUUGUGACCACUGUACAUCAUCAUAGGUACAUACGGUUGUGCGGUUGCCACUAUUCAUGUCAAGAUACUUUUAAUCUUAUAUGGGGCGGUCGGGUAGCCUAGUGGUUAAAGCGUUCGGUCGUCACGGCGAAGACCCGGGUUCGAAUCCCAACAUAGGUACAAUGUUUGAAGCCCAUUUCUGGUGUUUCCCGCCGUGAUAUUGCCGGGAUAUUGCUAAAAGCGGCGUAAGACCAUACACACUCACUUUAAUCUUAUAUGGUGGUGUACUGUUAUUUGUAUCGAAGGUGAGUCUCCUCCUCAGGAUCGAGAUUGAGUGAAGUCACAUUCGUAAUGCUGACACAAGAACAUGAAAGAAAAUGUAAGGUAAAGAAGUUAUCCUAUGACAAAAGCACAGCUUUCAUGUUUAGAAAUGUUACAGCAACGUCACACGUGAGACACCAAAUGGGAAACAUGUUUUAUCCAUGUAGGGAUUUUGUUUCUUUUUCUAUUUAAAAAAAAUAGAUUUUAUUCCAUUUCCAAGUACAUGUUAUCAAAUAUAUGUAGCGGGCAAGUACAUUUACAAUCGAGGUAAAAGCCAUAAUAAAAUACUAUUAAUGGAAGACAUGUAUCCAUGUGAGUGAGUGAGUGAGUGAGUGAGUGAGUGAGUGAGUGAGCCCACAAUCAUUGGUUUCUGGCGUGUCCAAGGGACGCAACUCUGCACAGACUGGGCCACCCGUGCCCCCUUACAUUGUUUGAAGUAGAGAGUGAUUGUACAUGGAUAAAAUAUUUUAUUCACGCUUCAUGACUGUGUACAGAGAGAAGAAGUCAGUUGCUUUCAUUGUUUGUUUUCUUGUACAGAUUUUUGUAGAAAUAUUUUUACUCUUCUAGGAUAUAUCUGCCAUCUGUUACUUUAUCCCGAUUUUCAUUUAGGAUACUAUCAAUAAGCUUACUUGAGUAAUUUCGAUUUUCUAAAUGGCAAAAAUAACUAUUUGGUUUUUCUCCUUCCUCGUACCAUCGUAUUCUAUUUCUAAUUGAAUUCCUUAUACUUCUUCUUCAUGUAUUUUUGUGAUUGCCUUUGAUUAGUUGAUAAAUCGGUAGAUAUUGAUUCGGUUUUUCUUUUGAAAGUCUUUUAUGACAGUUUCUUCAAGAACUGAUAUUUUGUCUGUUACUCAUUUAAUCUUUCUAUCAAUAAAUGAUAAAAAAAGAAAUGGUUUUACCCCUUAAAUUCAUUAAGAAGGUUUUAAGAAACAAAGAUAUGAUCUGAUUCAGUGUUGCAUGUUCAAUAUGUUGGUAUAUUUCUUCCUCAGAGUAUAUUGUGUCUGCAUAUUCAUGUAAUAUUUCCAUUUAUGUGUUUUUAACUAUUUAAAUGUACUCUUCGUUACGUAUCAGUGAAAUAUUAACUUUCCAAUAACUUAGGCUUCUUUCCUUACUUAAUGCAUUUGAGAUUGUUAAUGUGAUAGGGGAAUGGUCAGAUUAUUAACUAGGUACAAUGCCUGUAUUAUAUGACAGAUUAUAUAUACUUUGUGAAACUAAAAAGAAAUCAAGCCUUGCUUGCUGCCUUGGAUUGUUUUCCAUCAUGUAAAUGUUUUACUUUCUGCAUUUUGUUCUCUCAAUACAUCUACUAAAUCAAAAUGUUCUUUAUUUUCUAAAACAGUGUUUCUUGCAUUAGGGCUGUUUACAUUUUUUGUAAUUUUCCAAAUCUACUGAUGGGUUAAGCCAAUUGAAGUCACCAGAGAUGAUAAUAAAUUCAUUUUCGAAUUUAUCAAUAUCCUUAAGCGAAUUGGCAUAAAAUGAUUGCUGGUCCUUAUUUGAACUGUAUGCGUAGGUUUGUAAGAGUAACUUUUAUUCCGUCUACUGUAAUAUCAGAAAAAUAUGAUUGCCUUUUUUAUCAACUAUACUUUUGUGGAUAUAUAUCAAUAUUGUUGUUAAAUGGGAUAGAACACCCAUGGAAUUAGAUUUAAAAGGUGCUAUAAUGCCUUGUAACCCCCAUGUAUUUUCUUUCGAUUUUGUUUUCAUAUUUUGAAAUGUGAAUAGCUUGAAGACAGAUGAUAGAGUAUGUCUUUUUUAGACAUAUUUUCAAUAUUUCUUUACGGUUUUUUUUCAGGAAGCCCUUUACACUUUGCAGAUACAAUCUUUACCUUAUUAUCAAUCACUGUAGAAAGUAUAAGUUGAUUUAAUAAUGCAAUAAUGCAAUUUAAUAAUGUUGCCCUUAAGAUUGUUAAAGAUAACUUUGGAAUUUUUGUUUUAUAUUUCGAUAUAAAAACAAAGAACAUGAAUGUAACAACACAGAAGAUGAAUGCUGUCGUCGACCACAAACUGAUUUACACAAAGGAAAAUGACAAUGCAAAAUGUCCACACGAAAAAUGUACACUGCUACGCAGUACAUGUCCACUCUCAUAACAAUAUUUGUUAAACAAUGACCGUCCCAACCAAAUUAUUUCUUCGUCAUUGGUCAAUAAUCGGUGUUGCAUAAUUACCUUGUUCAUGAUGAAUAACUGUAUUUUCCGGUGUGUACCUUCAGCUGAUCACAGACGGCUUCUCACUCGACGUGCCGGGUUUAUGUGACGUGAUGGUCACAUGGUCAUUGAUUAUGAAUAUUUCCCGUGAAGAUUCCGGGGUAGAAUAGGUCUUCAGCAACCCAUGCUUGCCGUAAAAGGUGACUAUGCUUGUCGUGAAAGGUUUUGGUUUGGUUUGGUUUGGUUUGU